GGCCUUUGACUUUCGUAAAUCUGGAAAUUCUCGUUGCCUUUCGUUCAAAUAAAACUCUUCAAUAACCUGUAAUAACAUUUCGCUACCCGAAGAGUGCCGUCAAUAAUAACAAAAUUUGAUCUUAAUACCAAUGGCAAACAUAGCGGCCAAACGUAUCAAAAGAGAAUUCAAGGAGGUCGUCAAAAGUGAGGAGAUGGCAGGAGGAGCCAUAAAAUUGGAGCUGGUGAAUGAUAGUUUCACAGAGCUUCAGGGUGAGAUCGCCGGACCCCCAGAUACUCCUUACGAAGGAGGCACAUUUUUACUGGAGAUUAAAGUUCCUGAGACCUAUCCCUUCAAUCCUCCUAAGAUCCGUUUCAUGACCAAGAUAUGGCACCCGAAUGUAUCAUCAGUGACUGGUGCCAUUUGUUUAGACAUUCUCAAAGACCAAUGGGCCGCCGCAUUAACGCUGCGAACAGUAUUGCUCUCCAUCCAAGCACUGCUUUCAGCUGCUGAACCCAAUGACCCUCAGGACGCGGUUGUCGCAAAACAAUAUAGAGAAAACCCCCAACUAUUCAAUUUAACAGCGAGACAUUGGACUAACGUCUACGCUGGGGGCCCGACACCAAUUUGGGAAUUCAAUCAAAAGGUGCAGCGCCUAUUAGACAUGGGCAUCGACGAACACCAAGCGAGGGUAGCUCUGUCUACAUAUGAUUGGGAACUCGAGCAGGCUACGGAGCAACUUUUUAGUUAGUCUUACCAUACAAGCUCUAUACAUAAUGCUACCUUUUACGGUGACUUACAUAGAGCUCCAUCAAAUUAUCACCCAUUAGUAAAAAGCGUAAUUAAAAAUUGUUUACGUCCAUUAAUAGCACGCAGCUGACAGUGUUUUGUCCGCCGAGCUGAUAAAUCCCAUACCCAAAUGUACUCGUGACAGCGCAACUUGGACGACGCGCAAUAAUGUCCGUAAUUUGCGUUGGCCUUUAGUAACACUUGUCUAUUAAGGGGCACUACAGAAAUUAUGUGUUGUCAUGUCCAAUCAAAUUUAAUUAAGAAAUUUUAAUUGCUGUAAAUAUUUCAAUGAAUUAAUUUUAUGCAAAGCUUUAAUGAGUAUUGAAAUUGACGCUUUCUGAAACUAGGUGAUAAGGUAACAUGUGUACUCAUUUGUGAUCCGGUUUUUCUGUAAUUCUGAUGAUUUUAUAAAAUUUGUAUGUUCACUUGCAAUUAUAGUCCAUUUCACAUGGGAUGAGUCCUGUGCCACUUCCAAUUUUUACGUUGCACUCAUAUCAAUCUUCCAACCAGGUUACUAAAAGAAAUAGUAAAUUUGUCAUAAUGUACCAAAAACAAAUAUUUGUUGGAGUUGUAAUUUUAAAUAAAAAUUAGAGUAUAUAUAGUAGUAAGAAAUUAAGUGAUAAAGAUGAAAAUAAAUUACCCCGAUUACUUGUUGCGUAAACCGGUAUAUUUUAUCCAUAGAAUUUACACCUUAGAAUCGAUAAAUCGAAUUUACUAUGCGAGUCGUUAUCUUUUGGUUUUGAGCUUUGCGUGAUGUUUUUGGAGUAAUUGUUCAAAUUUCGUUUCGUUGCAGUUGAUUUUAUGCUUUGUUGACUUUUUUUGGUUGUUGAUUUUUUAUUUGUUGUGUAGUUUUCUUGGAAAGUGAGUAACAUAAUAAUUGGUCCUUUCUAUUUUGUUUUUUUAUUUGUUCUUAAAUUAUUUUCUGUAAAUCUAUUCUUUCCUCGUUACAAAUUAUUUCGGAUAAGGUAUUUAAAUCGAUUUAUUUUCAUUCGGUUUUACAUCACUACAUCUCUCGAAACUUCAAAUUUCAAACGUCACCAGAAUCAUGCUAUGUGAAAUGAACUAUAAUUUGUAAAACAUCUAAUCAGAGAAGUUUUAGGUGCCUACUAGAGAUGAAACGGAUAGUGAUUAGGCCAGAUACCGGAUAUCCGGCAAGCAACUAGACCGGACAGCCAGAUAUCCGGGCGCCGGAUAUCGUACUCACAGUCGCAAACAUGUCGCGACCGGUUUAUAGCGCGCAUCGCCGUGAUUGAAUGAUUAGUGAAUGAUUGCACUUUCACAUUAAUGAUUUGAGUUGUGGUCACUUGGUUUUUGUUACAACUAUAAAUUUAUUCGAUAAUACAACACUACAAUAACAAUACAAACAAAUACACAACAGAAAAAUGUCAACCGUGAAAAAAUAGCCAAUUUAGCUAUACUUUAAUGUCAGUGCUGUUUGUUUGUUGUUGAAACAGUUACAUCAUUCUUUGUCCAUAUUAAAAUUUCUAGUUGUUAUUUUAUAAGUAUAAGCCUAGCACUUGAUAUGCCCGUCAAUCUUUUGUUUCAGUUAGAUUUCAUUAAUGGUUUGAUCUAACUAUUCUAAAACUUUGAUACUAGUUUUUGCCAAAAAAAUAUAUCUGAAUCUAUUUACACGUUUCAAUAUUAUCGUUACACAUUGGUCAUACGAAAACAUGAUUAUUUUAAAUCGAUCAUUAUUUCAAGACAGUUCGAAUCUAUCGUGAUCGCGAUCCUUUCAUUUGGUGGUCUGGAAGCAGUACCUAAAUUUGACAAACUUUGCAAGAGUUUAUAGCAAAAUACUGUCCUCGGAAGCUGGUCUUGUUUAUGAAAAUAAACGGAACCGAGUUUUACCACUUAUUGGAGAAAUACUGGUUUCCAUUCGCCAUAAUUAGCCUUUAUUGAAAGUUGAGUACGAAGUUUACAGAUUAUGUUGUCUAUUUUCAUAGUUUUUUAAAGUUACAAUGAACAAAUUGUCAACGAUCGUGUAGUUGCUAUUUAUUUGUCCUAUUACUAUCUUCUUAGCUCAUAUCAUAUCUGAUUGUAAACUUUUUGAUUUUUAAAUAUCCGGUAUCCGGCCGGACAUUGUCCUAUUAUCCGGUAUACGGCCUGAUAGUAAUUUUACCGGAUACCGGAUAGUUACCGGGUAUCCGUUUCAUCUCUACUUAAUAUCUUACUAAUCUGGUAAGUUUGAAAGAUAUUUUUUGUGUUGUUAUUUUUGUAAAAUUACUUUGUUCAUGAUUUUUAGAAUAAUGGCCAAUUUGAAGAUGGGAGACGAUUUUUGCCUUUUAGGUUUGAUAAGCAAAUUACUUAUUCAUUUUAGCAUAACGAGAAUAAAAUUUUUAUACAUAGCUAAUCGAGAUUGUACAAUACGGCAAUAGUUCUAGCAUAAGGUAGCAAUGUUAUCAAACACGUCAAUUACCUGAUUUGAACAAAAAAAUAUCGAAUGUGCAUCCAUUGCGGUUGAAGCACCGCCUUUCCUCUAUCACAGUCAAUCUGUACAUUCUAAUGUACGUACAUUCGGAUACACACUCGAUCUGUUCUUUCACUUUGUUCGUGCGCGGCAGAAUCUAUGUAGGAUGCGAUACGAGCUCACAGUGCGGUGAAUCAAUCAAUCAAAUCAAAUCAAUUUAAAUUCACACUCGACCGGAUCACAACCAAUCGGCCACUCUACCUACCCGAACUGUGUAUCUUUCUGUGGGUAUGUUUGCGCACGUAUCGCUGAUCAAGCACCUCUUACGCUGGCGCGUUCGUCCGAAAAUUAAUACGUUGUCGAGUCAAUGGCUGUCGAUUGUCGACCCCUUGCGUCUGUAGGUGCUUCUAUCCUAUGAAUUACUAGGCGUUGCUCUCUGAUAACAAUCAUCGAUAACAAUUUCUGUACUAAUUCUGUAUGAACUGUUAUCUUCAUAACCAUAAUCGCUCUGUUUACAUACACUGUUGUAAUUCAUCAUCAUCAUCAUUUACAGCCUGACUUCCCCAAUGCUGAGUAUAGGCUUGCAAGUUUUGGUCUCUCCCCACGGUCCCGCGUCAAUAUCAACUGUUACAAUUACUAUUAUAAAAUACCCAUUACUAUAACAUUAGCUAUAUUGAUCACUGAAUUGCUAUUUAGAUAAUACUUUUUCUUAACUACUAUUAACAUUUCACUAUGUUUUAAUUCAACAUUUUCUCUGAUUUCCCACUGAUUUCUGCUUAAUCGACUGUACUAGAGUAACGGCAAUAGCAGAAAGUUUCUGACUUCGUUUAAAGAGUUACGACACCUUAUCAAUGCGGAAUCGGCUUGAGCGAUCCAUGUUUUACCACACUUGUCGCAUUAAGCAGAUUCGCCGCCGACAUGGCCGUUCGGGUGUCGACGAGGUCGUUCGGGUGUUGACGAGGUCGUUUGGGUGUCGACGAGGCCGGAUGUCGAUGAGACCGUUUGGGUGUUAAAGCCGCCGAUCACCCGACAUCGGCUGCGUACAGAUCAUAAAUUCGUAGGAAAUAGAUCAAUGCAGCCGUCUUUUUCGCUCUUAUUUCAUGGAAAUAAAGCUUUUUCUGACCUGCUUAAUGCGAUUCCGUGUCGAUAAUUGUGGGACUACCUUAUAUAAAGUUUUAUUCACUUCUAGUAUUCC